CAAGUUGUCAAAUGAGAAUUGUCAUUUGUCAAAUUAUAAAGCGUGAAACUGGAAAGCGGCUCAAAAUACGUUCAUAUUGCUUUUUACGAAGUUUUAUUAAAUAAAAUAUCACAUAAAUAUUCUUUUGAACUAAGUAAAAAUGGUUGAAUCUACGGAGCCAGUAAAAAUAAACAAAUGGGAUGGAGCAGCAGCAAAGAAUGCCAUUGAUGAUGCGAUAAGAGAGGUUUUAACUGGAGAUCUGAAAUGUAAGGAGAGUUUUGCUCUUAUUGAUGGAAGGCUGUUCCUAUGUGCAUUGGCAGUGGGUGUAGCUUUGUAUGCUUUGCUAUGGGAUUAUCUGUAUCCUUUCCCUCAGUCGAGACUGGUACUCAUUAUCUGUGUGUCCUCUUACUUUAUCCUGAUGAGUAUUUUAACACUGUACACUACAUUUAAGGAAAAGGGAAUUUUUGUUGUUGCCAAGGAAAAGGUUGGCAACAAUAUCAGAGUUUGGGAAGCAAGUUCUUAUGUAAAAAAACAUGACGACAAAUAUAACUUGGUGAUUUUAAUGCGCGACUCUACCGGUAAGAGCCGUGAGGCCUCUAUCAACAAAUCGUUCGCCAAUUUCAUCGACACAAACGGCACAGUGGUACAAAGUGUUGUUGCGAAUGAAAUCUCAAAACUCUACAACUCUCUCUCCUCUGAGAAGAAGGAAAAGUGAUCUCAUUCGCUCUCUUGCACGCAUUUAUUGUUCUUAAAAAUGUUUAGUGAACCAAACAUUUACUUGUAAUGAGAAAAAUAAAGUAUGAAACAAC